UAUUUCCUUAAAUUUAUCAUAUAAAUUUAAAAUUUUAAUCUUGUAUAACUUCCGUGGCAGGCAGACGGAAAUUAGUGCCGUGGUAAAUAGUGGUUACAAGAUAAUUGUGAAUAUAAUUUUUCCGGAGGCUCAUCAGAAAUCAAACAUGGACAGCUUGCAAUUAGAAUCGUCCAAUAAAAUUUUUGGUGGUUAUCAAAAAGUGUAUUCUCAUGCAUCAUCUGAAUUAAAAUGCAAAAUGAACUUUUCUAUCUAUCUCCCCCCUCAGGCAGAAGGGGGUGAUGUGAAAUUACCACUUCUAUAUUAUUUGUCUGGUCUAACUUGUAGUGAACAAAACUUCAUCACUAAAUCUGGUUUCCAGAGGUAUGCAGCCGAACAUGGUGUAAUUGUCGUAGGUCCUGAUACUUCGCCACGUGGAGUUAAGAUUGAUGGAGAUGAUUCAUCAUGGGAUUUUGGAGUUAGUGCCGGUUUUUAUUUAGAUGCCACAAAUGAACCAUGGAAUAAUAAUUACAGAAUGGGCAGUUAUUUGAAUGUUGAAUUAUAUGAUUUAAUUUUGAAGGCUUUUUGCAAUGUGGUAGAUCCUAAUAGAAUUGGUAUUAUGGGACACAGCAUGGGAGGGCAUGGUGCUUUAGUUUCUACUCUGAGGAAUCCUGGCCAGUACAAGUCAGUAAGCGCUUUUGCUCCUAUUUGUAAUCCAAGUGCUUGUCCAUGGGGAGUGAAGGCUUUUAGUGGAUAUUUGGGAGAAGAUAAGAGUAAAUGGGCAGAAUGGGAUGCCACAGAGCUGGUUAAGAAAUACAAUGGACCUCCUCUUACACUACUACUAGAUCAGGGAAGUGGUGAUAAAUUUUAUUUAGAGAAGCAGUUACUUCCUGAGAAUUUGGUGGAAGCAUGCCGUUCUGUAGGAGUCCCUGUCAUUUUGCAACUACGCGAUGGAUAUGAUCACUCCUAUUAUUACAUCUCUACUUACAUUGGCGAACACUUCGACUUCCAUGCUAAAAUACUUAAAGCGUAGGUAAUGUACCAGUGGACUAAUAAAUGCGUUUAAAAUGUUAUUUUUUGUUAAUAAAAUCGUUUUGGAAUAA